AUGGCCAAGACCAGAGAGCUGUGUAAGGACAUCAGGAAUAAAGGCUGGGAUGGGCUACAGGACAAUAGGCAAGCAGCUUGGACUGAACAACCAGUAUUUCUUUAUAACAAUCACAAUCCAGGUGAUAAGAUACAGUUCCACAACAUUUCUCUGUAUGUGUUUCCUGCAGAUGUUGAGCAGCUGUCGGUGGUUAAAGAAGAGGUUCCCCCUGAGCAGCAGGAGUGUAGCUCCAGUGUGGACCAGCAGGAGCCAGAGCCCCCCCCAAACAUUAAAGAGGAACAGGAGGAACUGUGGAGCAGUCAGGAGGGAGAGCAGCUUCAAGGGCUGGAGGAGGCUGAUAUCACCGAGUUCCCAUUCACUCCUGUCCCUGUGAAGAGUGAAGAUGAUGAAGAGGAAGCUCAGUCCUCACAGCUUCAUCACAGACAAACUCAACACAUGGAAACAGAAGCUGAUGGAGAGGACUGUGGAGGACCAGAACCAGCCAGGAACUCACAUCCACUUUUACAACCAGAGACUGAAGACCAGAUUGGAGACUCUUCUGAACCUGAGACUGAUGACAGUGCUGAUUGGAAGGAGACCAGAGAACCUCAGUCAGCUUUAAACUCUCUGAAACAUGAUUCAAAAUCUUUUACACAGAGUGGAAGUUUACAGACACACAUGAGAACUCACACAGGAGAGAAGCCUUUUAGCUGCUCUGAGUGUGAUAAAGCUUUCACUGAUAGUGGAACCCUGAAGAACCAUAUGAGAACUCACACAGGAGAAAAACCUUUCAGCUGCUCAGUCUGUAAGAAAUCUUUUACACAGAGAGGACAUUUACGGUCACACAUGGCAGUCCACACAGGAGAGAAACCUUUUAGCUGCUCAGUUUGUAAGAAAUAUUUUACACAGAGAGGACAUUUACGGUCACACAUGGUAGUCCACACAGAUGUUGAGCAGCUGUUGGUGGUUAAAGAAGAGGUUCCCCCUGAGCAGCAGGAGUGUAGCUCCAGUGUGGACCAGGAGGAGCCAGAGCCCCCCCCACACAUUAAAGAGGAACAGGAGGAACUGUGGAGCAGUCAGGAGGGAGAGCAGCUUCAAGGGCUGGAGGAGGCUGAUAUCACCAAGUUCCCAUUCACUCCUGUCCCUGUGAAGAGUGAAGAUGAUGAAGAGGAAGCUCAGUCCUCACAGCUUCAUCAGAGACAAACUCAACACAUGGAAACAGAAGCUGAUGGAGAGGACUGUGGAGGACCAGAACCAGCCAGGAACUCACAUCCACAUCCACUUUUACAACAAGACACUAGAGACCAGACUGGAGACUCUUCUGAACCUGAGACUGAUGACAGUGCUGAUUUGAAGGAGACCAGAGAACCUCAGUCAGCUUUAAACUCUCUGAAACAUGAUUCAAGACGUAAGAAAACAUUCAGCUGCUCGGAGUGUGGGAGAAGAUUUGGCCGCAAGUACCAUCUGAAGACACAUAUGAGAACUCAUACAGGAGAGAAACCUUUUAGCUGCUCAGUUUGUAAUACAUCUUUUACACUGAGAGGAAAUGUACGGUCACACAUGAGAAUCCACACAGGAGAAAAACCUUUUAUCUGCUCUGAGUGUGGUAAAGCUUUCUCUGAAUGUGGAAACCUGAAGACACACAUGAUAAGUCACACAGGAGAAAAACCUUUCAGCUGCUCAGUUUGUAAGAAAUAUUUUACACAGAGUGGACAUUUACGGUCACACAUGAGAAGUCACACAGGAGAGAAGCCUUUUAGCUGCUCAGUUUGUAAGAAAUCUUUUACACGUAGUGGAAUUUUACGGUCACACAUGAGAAGUCACACAGCAGAGAAGCCUUUUAGCUGCUCAGUUUGUAAUACAUCUUUUACACAGAGUGGAAGUUUACGGUCACACAUGGUAGUCCACACAGGAGAAAAACCUUUUAGCUGCUCAAUUUGUAAGAAAUAUUUUACACAUAGUGGACAUUUACAAAACCACAUGAGAGUCCACAUAGGAGAAAAAUCUUUUAGCUGCUCAGUCUGUAAGAAAUGUUUUACACACAGUGGAGCUUUAAAGAUGCACAUGAGAAUCCACACAGGAGAGAAACCUUUCAGCUGCUCAUUUUGUAAUACAUCUUUUACACAGAGAGGAAGUUUACAGAAACACAUGAGAACUCACACAGGAGAGAAACCUUUCAGCUGCUCUGAGUGUGGUAGAGCUUUCACUGUAAGUGGAAACCUGAAGAACCACAUGAUGACUCAUUCUGGAGAAAAACCUUUCAGCUGCUCAGUCUGUAAGAAAACUUUUACACAGAGAGGAGGUUUAUGGUCACACAUGGCGGUCCACACAGGAGAGAAAAGAUUCAGCUGCAGUGUUUGUAACAAAAGAUUUGUCUGGCGUCCUGAUGUCAAAAAACAUAAAUGUGUUGGUCAGAUGGAAACAGAAGCUGAUGGAGAGGACUGUGGAGGACCAGAACCAGCCAGGAACUCACAUCCACAUCCUCUUUUACAACCAGAGACUGAAGACCAGACUGGAGACUCUUCUGAUCCUGAGACUGGUGACAUGGAAUAACAUUUGUGCCUUUAAGUCCAAGCAAAACUUUUCAAGUAUCAAACAAAGAUCUUUAUGUAUCAACAUCUAGAUAGAAGACAUUAUAUUGUGUGGUAGGAAAAAGUACACUCUUG